CAUUCAAAUACACACAUAAAUGCUCGCCUGAUAUGCACAGAGUUCGGGCCGUAAGGUUCCCAGUGCCCAGUCGGACUCGAAUGCCUCUCCCUGCGGGUUCCUGAGAUCGCAGCCCCAUCCGUGGCCCGGCCCCCUCCGGGCCCCCGCCACGCAUCCGGAACAGCUGGAGUCGGCCUGGCGGUGCACUCAAGCCGGGCGCUGGGCUGGGCGGGGCCGGCAGCGGGGCCCCGGCCGGGGCCGGGCAGAGCUCAGCGGGGAGGCCCUGAGCCUGCCCCGUUAGCCCCGGCACCCGGUCCGGCUACCACGGUCGGACGCCGGUCACCAGGCGGGCCGUGGCCCCAGCUGGCCCGGAGAGCCGCGGCCUGAGAAGAGUGUGCAAGAUUGCCGGAGGAGUACGGGAUCGGCGCCCUCGCCUCGGCUCUUCCAACUGCCGCCGCCAGGACCCGGGGCCAGGAGCCGCCGCGGAGCCACCUGACACCUUUAAAUAGCACCGGGGCUGGCGAAACUGGAGCCCCGCGCGGCGCGCCCCGGCUCGCGCCCCGGAUUGCUGGAAGCCCCGGCGGCGGUAGCGCCCGCGUCAGCGCCCUCCUCCUGGGGCCCCGUGCGGCUGUGCUCGCCUCUGCCGCUGCGCUAAUCGGCCCCGAGCCCGGCCCGCGCGCUGCCGGGCACGGCCUCCUUCCCGCCUGCCGCCCGCCCGCGCCUCCCGGCGCCCGAGCUGCCCGCGGGCUGGGUCCCCGAGGCCCGAGCCGCCCCGGCCGGGCCCCCAAACGAGGCCGAGAUGACUUCCAAGGAGGACAGCAAGGCGGCGCCGGGGGAGGAGAGGCGGCGCAGCCCGCUGGACCACCUGCCGCCUCCCGCCAACUCCAACAAACCGCUGACGCCGUUCAGCAUCGAGGACAUCCUCAACAAGCCGUCUGUGCGGAGAAGUUACUCGCUGUGCGGGGCGGCGCACCUGCUGGCGGCCGCGGACAAGCACGCUCCGGGCGGCUUGCCCCUGGCGGGCCGCGCGCUGCUCUCGCAGACCUCGCCGCUGUGCGCGCUGGAGGAGCUCGCCAGCAAGACUUUUAAGGGGCUGGAGGUCAGCGUCCUGCAGGCAGCCGAAGGCCGCGACGGGAUGACCAUCUUUGGGCAGCGGCAGACCCCCAAGAAGCGGCGAAAGUCGCGCACGGCCUUCACCAACCACCAGAUUUACGAGUUGGAGAAGCGCUUCCUCUACCAGAAGUACCUGUCCCCCGCCGAUCGCGACCAAAUUGCGCAGCAGCUGGGCCUCACCAAUGCUCAGGUCAUCACCUGGUUCCAGAAUCGGCGUGCCAAGCUCAAACGGGACCUGGAGGAGAUGAAGGCCGACGUGGAGUCCGCCAAGAAACUGGGCCCCAGCGGGCAGAUGGACAUCGUGGCGCUGGCCGAACUCGAGCAGAACUCGGAGGCUGCGGGCGGCGGCGGCGGCGGCGGCGGCGGCUGCGGCAGGGCUAAGUCAAGGCCUGGCUCUCCGGCACUCCCCCCAGGCGCCCCGCAGGCCCCGGGCGCCGGGCCCCUGCAGCUCUCGCCCGCCUCCCCGCUCACGGACCAGCCGGCCAGCAGCCAGGACUGCUCGGAGGACGAGGAAGACGAAGAGAUCGACGUGGACGAUUGAGCGGCGCCCAGCAUCAUCCGCAGCCCCGGGCUCCUAGCGCUCUUUGCCCGCCACCUCCCGGACAGGACCGCCAAGGGGAGCUGGGACCUCCUCUGCAACUCCCGCCUUCUCCCCUGUCCCUGGCCUGGACUCGACUCCCGGCAGCCGCCACUUUCCUCUCGAAGCAAUAAACCUGGGAUGGCCGGCCAAGCCGGCCGCCGCGCGUGGCCUCCGCUGCCCCGGGAGCCCUCGCCGUGCAAUUUUGUAUGGCUUCUGUAUAAAUAUUUAAACCUA